GGAAGCUGGAUAUGCGCAUGAGUCGAAAAGCGGUCGGAGGAAGAAGAAUCUGACGAAGUCGCUGAGGGUACUGCGACUGCAUGAAUGAUAGACAACUGUCAACCACUACAGAGUUUCAUCAGUUUUGGUGUAACCGUUGUCCUGUGAAGGUUUCCUGGUUCACCCGGUCUGUAGGACAUGACCCACUCCUGGCCUUCCCAGCAGGCUCCGGGGGGAGGGGGAACUGAACGGUUCUUGUAUUCCGACUCAAAGCAGGAGAAGAAGCGGCCCACCUCUCAGCACAGACAUGUGAGGGAGGACGCCUCUGUGAGGAUGCCUCGCAUGGCACCUCAGAAAUCAAUGCUUGCUGAUGACCUGAAGCUCAGCAGUGACGAGGAUGAAGGCAACAAGGGGCCUCAACAAACCACUUCCUGGACUGAAAAUCAUAACCUGGCGGGACAGAGGGCAUACACACAUAGCGGGAGGGUGAGACAUUCCACCUCGGGUUCCUCGGCGUCGGACUCUUCCAGUGAGUCAGAGAGCAGCGGCCGAUGUUCACGCAGCCCGAGCCCCGGAGAACAGCCCCGGUCUGGGUCACCCUGCCAGCCACCCACCCUGGCCCCCGGCAGACAGGACCCAUCAGUCACACACUGGCAGCUAGACAAGUGGUUCGAGAAAGUUCGCAAGAACCGUCCGUCAGUCGAUCGCGAGCUCAGAGGCGGUCCGAGUUCCAGUGCCGCCUUCCGGUCCAGCCCAGGCCUGUCUCCCGGGAGAUACUGGGAGCGUGAUCCGAGCCUGGGGUCCAGACAGGACUACAGCCCUAGAUACAGUCCUGUGCCCAGCCCUCAGUUUGACUACAGACAGAGUCCUUACUCCAGUCCAGGGUACAGCACAUGCCCAAGCCCCGGAAACAGCCCCGGAAACAGCCCCGUGCCAAGUGUUUGCCCCAGCCCUGGUGCCAGCCCGCAGGGGAACCGUAGUCCAAGCCCUCUGCCCCUUCACCCACCCAAAAGCCCCAGCCUCGCCCCUGCCUCUGCCUCUCCCAGGCUCACCUCCUGUCACCGGGGUCCCGCUCACCGGGAAACCCCCAGGCCUCCGGCACGGCCUACUCUCGCCUCCGGUCCCGCGUGUCGGCCUAAGGCGAGGCCGUGUCCGGACCACAGGGCGCAGCGUAUUAAUGAGCCAAGGCCCAAAGAUUCCAGACCGCCUGCUUUUCCCAAGCACCACGCCAAGCACAGCUCCGCUCACAGCGAGACUCCACACCGGCCCAAAGGCCCGAGCAGAACCAGAUCCAGUCCGGCGCCAAAUUCCAGUCCAAGGCAUCGGACGGGGUACAGUUCCGGGCCAAGCCCGAAAGCAAAAUCCGGGCAUCCGUCCUCCGCCGCCCCCAGCACCCAGCGCAGCCACACACACGCCGAUGCUAAGAGCAAAUUCGGUUUAAACGCCAAGCCGAAACAUAGCUCCACCCCCAAACCCAAGCACGCCGCCCCCGGCGAGACGAGCAGUCGCCCCGCCCACGGGCCUGACCCAGACGCCGCAGACCGGCCUCUGUCCAAGCCAGCAUCAAGACGGACUCCCAGCCCGAAGCCGAAGGGUAAGACCAGAGAGGUCCCUGCGCCCGUCCUCGGGCCCUUUCAGAAGGAACCGAAGGCCAGAGAGAGGGGGCAGGCCCAGGGUGCAGCCCCGGUCCGAGUCGCUGAGGCCCAGAGGCGGGGGAGACUGGCGGAGGAGCAGCUCGUAAACCAGCGCCGGGUCCGGAGCUCUGCGGGGGAGGACGAGGAGGAGGAGAGGACGAGGAAGAAGAGGAAGAAGGGGCAUCAUGUGGAGUGGCGAGCGGUACAGCCCAAGCAGAGACCCCACACUAACAGCCAGCACCACCCCCGCGAGCGCGGCCGACCUGAGUGGGCGGAGCCCAGAGAAAGGAAGAGGAGGCGGAGCUGCGAGGAAAGCUCCUCCCACCCCGGAGCCGUAGGUUCCAACCCUUCUCCGCCUCUCUCACCACCCAACCCGGCGCUCGCGGUCACUCGCAGAUCUUCCUCCUCCUCCUCCUCGUCCUCGUCCUCCCCCUCGUCCUCUUCCUCAGAGUCUUCCUCGGAGUCUGACUCCGAGCCUGGCCCGCCCCCGAACGUCGCCAAGGUCCCCGCGGACUCCACAUCCAGCCGGAGGCCCAUUUCGAAGCGGAGGCCUCCGGCGCCUAGCGGGCCCGCGGAGUCCGGAGCGUGCGCGGCCCACCACGCCGGGCCCGACGAUCCGUCCCCGGCGAAAGGGCAGCAGCAUCGGGGAAAACACAGACUCUACACCCUGGUGCCGUUCGGCCGGACAGAGCAGUCUAGCAAAGUCUCGCACAGAGGCCUGAGGGAUCUGGUUGUGAAGAUAGACCUCGCUCUCCUGACCAGAGUGCCUAGCACGAGCGAGGUUCCCCAGAGAAGGCUCUCGUCAUCAUCAUCGACUUCUUCAUCGUCUAAAACUAAAGAAAAAACACCCAUGAGAAACCAGUACCACCGUGAGCCAGCAGAGGCCAGGGCUAAACGUAAGGCUGAAAACGGAGAGGCUCCGAGAGACAGCAAGAGAAGCCUUCUUCACGCGGACAAGGCCUCGUCUGGUUCUCACGCCGACGGCAGCGAGAAUAAGGAGAGCCACGGCAACGACCCACAGAACGGACAUGGCGAGGAUUAUUUUUACACCAAGAGGCCCGUGUCCCCCCUCUCCCCCCCGUCGGCCGUGAAGACGCAGAAUUCCGACCAGCAGCAGGCGCAGCGGGACAGGGAGCCCACCGUGAAAAAAACGCAGGUGCAGAGAUCUCAACCCAAGACAGAGUCAGAGUUUGCUGGCAUGUCAGGAAACACGCAGCCUCCUUCUGGAUCCUGGGUCCCACCAGCGAACCAGCCAGCGACCUCCCGAGGAACCGUGCCUUGCACCGACGUCUCACACCACGUGGAAUACUACAUGCACGAGGCCAAACGACUGAAACAUCGGGCGGACGCCAUGGUGGAUAAGCUGGGGAAAGCCGUCAACUAUGUGGAUGCCGCCCUGUCCUUUAUGGAAUGUGGCAAAGCCAUGGAGGAGAGCCCCCUAGAGGCCAAGUCUCCUUAUGCCAUGUACGCAGAAACCGUGGACCUCAUAAGAUAUGCCAUGAGACUGAAGAGUCACACAGGCCCCGCAGCCAGGCAAGAGGACAAGCAGCUGGCUGUGCUCUGUUUCCGUUGUCUGGCUCUCCUGUACUGGCAAAUGUUCCGGCUGAAGAAGGAGCAUGCGCUGAAAUAUUCCAAAGCACUGCUGGACUACUUUAAGAGUUCUCCAAAAGUGCCUCACACUCAAGCUUCCUGGAAUGAUUCCACAAAGGGAAACGUACUUCCAUCUUGUGCCUCCCCUGUCGGUUUAACGGGACCUCCGUCUGGCUGCUGUUCCGCCUCCCCGUUUAUUAGCAUUCCCCAGCGCAUCCACCAGAUGGCAGCAAACCACCUCAAUAUCACCAACAGCGUGCUCUACAGCUAUGAGUAUUGGGAGGUGGCCGACACCUUGGCCAAGGAAAACAAAGAGUUCUUUAACUAUCUGAACACGUUAACUGGACCCCUGACUCUGCACAGCAGUAUGGCCCAUAUAGUUCAGUACACCAGACAGGGACUGCAGUGGAUUCGAAUCAGCGCCCAUUUGUCUUGACGCCCUUGGCAUGGGGUACCAGGGCUCUACUAUACUACAUGCUGUACUGUACUACACGAUACACUGUAACCUGGACAUUCACCCUGCCAUGGAAUCACUUCAGUUUUUCUAAGCAACCAGCUAUGUAUUCGGACAGAAGUCAUGUGCUCCCACUAUGAGACCUCAGAGACGCUGGCAGACUAGGGGACUAGGUGUGGGUUUGCUGCCUUUUAAGAGCAGACAAGGAGCCUUUUUUCUGUCUGCAAGUUCCUCCCCAGCCAAUAGUUAACUGAGGCAGGUUUGGAUACCAGUUUUACAUUUACAGCAUUUAGCUGACACUUUUAUCCAUAGCAACUUAUAAUUAUGACUGAGUACAACUUGAGCAAUUGAGGGUUAAGGGUCUUGCUCAGGGGCCCAACAUUGGCAACUUGGACAGAGAUCAUGGAACUUAUCAGUGGUCGGGCUUGAACCAGCAAGUCAAGUACCUUAACCACUGAGCUACCACUGCCUUAAUCCCUUAGCUAGGAAUCAAACCCAGGUUAACUGCUUGGAAGGCAGCUAUGCUCCCCACUAUAGCACCAACACAACCAGCAUUCAUGCAAGUCUCAAACAGCAGACCUUGAUUUCUUUAACCUUCUAGAGUAUGCACAUUUGACUAAACUUUGACUAGGCCUCUAUGAUGAAGGUGGGAAUUCUGUAUUUAAGUUGAGUCCAUUAAGAAUGUGAGGAUAUCUGUGAGGAUUUCUCUACUUUUUGUACAUUAUUUGCCAAAUGUGCCACAUUUUUAUACAGCAUCUGAUUUCAAAUAUCUUUCUACCAUUUUAAUACUUUGUAUAUUUAAAAAACGGGAACUGGUGUGGCUUUUAACAGUGACUUGUAGUUCUCGAAAAAUGCCAGAAGAAUAAUGUGAAGACACUCCUUAUCUUUGUGGGUUUUUUUUAUUUUAUUUGUGCAUUUUUGACACAUUUAAAAGCUUUGUAAACGUGGUUGGUGUGUAUUUUUUAAAACUGAAUUUUUAUAAAGAUUUUUGUGCAAUAAUA